AUGCUUCAGCCUCGGUUGGCCCUGAGGGCCAUCCAGCUACCCUAUCGGGCACUGUCCUUAGUCGCUUCCAGGCCGUAUUCCUCGGUCAUCCAAGAAAGCAAUCCUCCCCCGGCUGGUGAAUCAUCCUCGUCCGCCAGCUUUGACCCCAGCAUCGCAUUCGCUCCGCCCCCAACCCGAGAUGAGGCCGGUGUCCAGCUACGAACCUACACUCCGCGGACGCCUGGUAUCAGACAUUUGAGGAGACCGAUCAACGACCAUCUUUGGAAAGGACGACCGGUGCACAAGCUGACAUUCCCCAAAAGAGGUCAGGCAAAAGGUGGUCGCAAUAACACAGGAAAAGUCACCGUGAGACAUCGCGGAGGAGGUCACAAGCGAAGAAUCCGUAUCGUCGAUUUCGAGCGGAGAGCACCGGGUCCGCAUGUCGUGGAGCGGAUCGAACAUGACCCCGGACGAACCGCACAUAUCGCCUUGGUGAGAAGCAAAGACACAAACCAGCUAAGUUACAUCUUGGCCGCAGAAGGAAUGAGAGCGGGCGAUGUUGUGCAGAGCUACAUGUCGGGUAUCCCAGAGGAUCUCUGGAAGAGUAUGGGUGGUGUCGUUGAUCCCGGUGUGCUCGCCGCGAGAACCGCAUGGAGAGGUAACUGUCUGCCAUUGCACAUGAUUCCCAUUGGAACUCUGAUCUUCAACGUGGGAUUGAGACCUGGCAAAGGAGGACAGCUAUGUCGAAGCGCUGGCACUUUCGCAACCGUCGUUGCCAAGGGUGAAGAGUCUCCGCAGAAGGACGACGCCGUCGAAGGUGACGCGGAGGGUCAGACAGAGGAGAAGAAACCCAUGACCCAGCGAGAGAAGCAAAAGCUCGAGCGUGCGAUGCAACACAUUACGAUCCGUCUCCAGAGUGGUGAAGUCAGACUCAUCCACAAGGACUGCUGCGCAACCAUUGGCGUUGCUAGCAACCCCAACUACCAGUAUACCCAGAUCGGAAAGGCUGGACGAUCACGAUGGCUCAACAUCCGACCGACUGUUCGUGGUCUUGCAAUGAACGCAGCCGAUCAUCCUCAUGGUGGUGGACGAGGAAAGUCCAAGGGAAAUGUCGAUCCCAAGAGUCCCUGGGGUUUACCGGCAAAAUCUGGUUACAAGACCCGUCCGAAGUGGAAGAUCAACAAGGCCGUGGUUGUUCCUCGCCCUCGCAACCAGGGCAAGCGUCGCAGAGGCUACAACUAA